CAAAAAUAAGCAACUUCAUAACACUCGUCUUCACACAAAACCAAAAAUUUUUUAGUGUCGUUUGUAUCCGUUUAACGAAUCAAUAAUUGUAUCAAGGGUUACUUCGUGUAUUAUGGGAGAUAUUGCACCGAUUGACCAAUACAUUGCAGCUCAAUGUCACUCGACUCUGUUCAGCAUAGAUGAUUCACAUUUGACUGGUAUAAUAGUAUAGAGAUCGACAAGUUAUUUAUUCUAACGUGCAAUUAUAGCAGCAACUUGAACUUACGUUUAAUAUUUCGACAUAUCGUUCCGCGUUAGCCAUUAGUCCGAUGCACGCGCGUUGUAGUUUUUUUUUUUUAAUAUCACGGGAUAGAGACAAAUCCACCUCAACCGUUUAUGCAAUUUUUAGAGUUUCGAAACGUUACCUCACUAAACAAAUAUUUGCUGGCAACGCUCUCGUACUUCAGGAAGAAAGUGACAGUUCCCGGUGGUGUAUUGCUAUCAGGUGGCUUCGAGAAAUCAUGUUCAUGGUCGAACGGCUAAAUAAUCGUACGCGAAACAUUGUAUAUCGUAAAGUGACCAUCAUAUAGUAGCGUGACGCGCGCACUAAUAAUCUAAGUCGAUGCUUACACUACCAUGAAAUUAAUCUUGCACGCGAAUGAAGGUUACCAAAUAUAUCAUACUAUCGAGAUUACCGAUACAUAGAAUCGCGGUUAAUCGAUUGCCAUUUAAUGAUGGCCGUCACGACGAAAAUCACCAAACGAUCGAAUUACAGCGAUAUGAACGAUAGCUGGCGAAAGGGGGCGGGGCGCUGAAGCAGGAGGGCACUAAGUAAACAUUCUGAAGAUGAUCUCGAGUCGAUAUGUAACAGUGGUGGAAACACUCAAAGAAUCAGCACCGAUAAAAGGGAUAGGUAGACGAGAGGAGAAUGGUACCACUGAUCAUUGUUUAUGACGAUGUUAGUCUCUUCUUCAUUGUCCCAGUUUGCUUAGGACCGCGAGAUAUCAGGAGUCGUGAUAAAAGUAUGAAUAUAAUCAGGAAAGGAAGAGCAACAUUCUCCCUGCUUCGAUGAAUCACAUUGUAUGCAAUAUGAAAUUUUCAGAAGGAGAAGAAAUACUUGCAAAACAUCCAAAUUCUGAUAAAUAUUAUAAAGGCAAAAUCUUAAGUAUAAAAGGUGAACGAUAUAAAGUACAAUUUGAAACAGGCAUUGAACAAUAUAUUGAUUCAACUGAUAUUAAGAUGGAUAGGCCAUCAAGAAAUAUAACAAGAAGUAGAAGAGGAAAAAGUCCUACUAGAUAUUCGUCAGUUAGAAAAUCUCCACGUAAACGUUCACCUGGAAGAUCUCCAUCAGCUGGGUCUACAAGAGGACAUAGAUCACAGUCUACAAAUCGUACAAAGUUUGCAAAAGUUUCUUUGCCACGUAUAGAAGUAUCUAGUGAUAUACAACAUAAUGAUGAUAAAAUUAUAAGUAAAAAAAGAACACAUGAUGAUGAUUCUGUUGAAUCAAUGCCUCUUCAAUCACGAUUGAAGGAACUAGGAACGAUUACACGUAGGUCAACAAGAUUAUUAUCUGGUAUGCCAAAACCUGAAUCAGACCAUAAUAUAAUUUUAUUAACAAGAAAUAUUAAUCGAGCUGUCUCACUUCCUUCAGAAAGGAAGAGUCAAAUGAACGAUUUUAGUAUAGAUGUAAAGGAAAGAGGUCAUUCAGUACAAAGAGAUCAAGAUUUGUUAAAAAUAAAUUAUAAAGAUAUAGAUAUAAAUACACAAAUGAUAGAAAAGCGAAAAAAAGAAAUCAAUAUGGUUAGUGAACCACAAGAAUGGGGAGGAAUGUUUGGAACUUUUAUUCUUAUAUUUCUAUUACCUGUGAUUAUGAUUGUGCCGCAAUUAUUGUGUGCAAAAAAUGAAUGUACGUUUAAAUAUUAUAAAAUAUCUACAGAUCUAAAUUUUUAUGUAAAUUUAAAAGCUUUUAUUGCAUAUUUAAGUCUCUUUUUAUUUGUAAUAAUUGUUUCGAUCAUACCAAUCGGACGAAAACUUGAUGGAUUACAAAGUAGAAUUGAAAGACUACAAUAUCGUUUAAAUGGUUUUUUGUGUGGCAUUUUAUCAAUAAUUAUAUUUGCUGCAUGUAUAUACAAUGAGAUUAAAAUUACUGAUUUUAUUUUGCAAAAUAAUAUACAAUUUUCAAUCAUUGGUUGGAUUCUUGGAAUAAUUUUAUCAAUUUUAUUAUUUAUAAAAGGAGGCAGAGCUUCAAUAGCUAAUUUAAAUAUACAUGGAUCUACUAACAGUAUGAUAUAUAACUUUUGGCAAGGAAGAGAAAUAAAUCCACGAAUUGGUCCUGUGGAUUUUAAAAUAAAUCUUUUUCGAACUUCUAUGAUAACCAUAAUUCUCAUAAACUUAUCUAUUGCAAUCAAAACAAUUGAAGAAACUGAAAUAUAUACUUUAGAACAUCUUAAUGUAGGUGCCUUAUUAGGUACUUUACUACAAAUUAUUUAUGCAAUGGAUGCAUUAUUUUUUGAAUCUGCAUUAUUAACGACUUUCGAAAUAAUGUACGAGGGGACUGGAUAUAUGUUGUGUACCGGUUAUAUGAUGUAUCCAUUUUUACCGACUCUUACGACGAAAUAUAUGUUAUAUCACAAGACACAACUUACUUAUCUAUUUAUUUUUCCUAUAAUCACUUUUAUAAUUGGUUAUUUAUUAUAUAGAAUUAGUAAUCUACAGAAGAAUAAAUUCAGAAGGAAUCCUUUAUCUCCAUCAUUAAUGCAUUUAGAAACUAUACCAACUAUACGUGGUAAAAAACUUAUAGUAUCUGGGUUAUGGGGUUAUAUAAGACAUCCCAAUUAUUUAGGUGAUAUAAUAAUGUGGUGGUCAAUAUCAUGUAUAAGUUUAGCAUGUGAUAUUUUGCCUUACUAUUAUGCAAUUUUGUGUACAGGAUUAUUGAUACAUAGAGCUAUAAGAGACAAUGAACGUUGCAAAAUACGCUAUGGUUUAGCUUGGGAGCAAUAUAUAUCACGUGUUAAGUAUAUGAUUUUCUAUCGUAUAUUUUAGAGUAAUAUAAUAUGUAUAAAAUAUUAACAAAGUACUUUUAGAGAUACCAAAAUAUGUUACAAAGUUGUACAUUUAAAAACAAUAAUGCUCAUUAUUUCAUAAAAUAUUUUAAUCACAUUAGAAUUAUAUAGAGUCUAUACAUACACAUGUGACAUAGUAUGUAGAGUUCAAAUUAGCUCAAUAUAAAACCAAAAGAAAUAAUUGUUUAACAUUUAGAUUUAAGCAUAUCAUUUUUCAUAAAAUCUUUAAAGCAAUGAACAAAGUGUGGUUAUCAAAAAAGUACAUUUUAAAAGAGGAUAUAAUUUAAGAUAUUGUUGAUAUGAAUAUGUAUAUUGUAAAGUAUAUUUCUAUGAUGAAAAAUUAAAGUAAGAUUUUUAUACUUUUUAUACAAAUAUGUAUAUUGACAAAUAAAUAAUUUUU